AUGAUGACCAUGACCACGAUGGCUGACGGGCUGGACGCGCAAGACUCCUCCAAGUCCGCCUUCAUGGAGUUCGGGCAGCAGCAGCCGCCGCCGCAGCCGCCGCCGCCGCCCCACUCCCAGCAGAGCUCGCCGGCCAUGGCCGGCGCCCACUACCCGCUGCACUGCCUGCACUCCGCCGCCGGCUCGCACCCGCACCACCAGCACCACCACCACGGCUCGCCCUACUCCGGCACCGCCGGCUCCUACAACCACCGCUCGCUGGCCGCCUACCCCUACGUGAGCCACUCGCAGCACAGCCCUUACCUCCAGUCCUACCACAACAGCAGCGCGGCCAGCCAGACGCGGGCGGACGAUGCAGAUCAGCAAAAAACAACGGUGAUCGAAAACGGUGAAAUCAGAUUCAAUGGAAAAGGGAAAAAGAUUCGGAAGCCUCGAACCAUUUACUCUAGUCUACAACUUCAGGCUUUAAAUCAUCGCUUUCAGCAGACUCAGUACCUGGCACUUCCAGAGAGAGCUGAACUGGCAGCUUCAUUAGGACUUACCCAGACACAGGUGAAGAUCUGGUUUCAGAACAAACGCUCCAAAUUUAAGAAGCUGCUGAAGCAGGGCAGCAACCCCCACGAGAGCGACCCUCUGCCCGGCUCCGCUGCCCUGUCCCCUCGCUCGCCAGCCCUGCCUCCAGUCUGGGACGUUUCAGCUUCUGCCAAGGGAGUCAAUAUGCCUCCCAACAGCUACAUGCCCGGCUAUUCUCACUGGUAUUCUUCUCCACAUCAAGACACAAUGCAGAGACCACAAAUGAUGUGAAUUGUCCAAGAGAAAUAAUCUCCCAAGAACGCCUCGUCUCGACAUGGCAAAAAGUUCCCCUGCUUUGCCAAGCCGUGCCAGCUAGCAGGCUCUGUGUGAACUUGUAGAUGCGGCAAAGAGACAGAGUGG